GCGUGCCAGACUGUUCCAGAAGACCCGGAUAGAGCCUCUCGGCCACGCUGAACCGGGCGUUUGCGCCUCACGUUGGUUUCCUCUACUUGCUCCGCUCGAGCAGCGAUGGCUGCUGUGAAAACCCUGAACCCCAAGGCCGAGGUGGCCCGCGCGCAGGCGGCGCUGGCGGUCAACAUCAGCGCGGCGAGGGGCCUGCAGGACGUGUUGAGGACCAACUUGGGGCCUAAAGGCACCAUGAAGAUGCUCGUUUCUGGCGCCGGAGACAUCAAGCUUACUAAAGAUGGCAAUGUGCUGCUUCACGAAAUGCAAAUUCAACACCCUACGGCCUCUUUAAUAGCAAAAGUAGCAACAGCCCAGGAUGAUAUAACUGGUGAUGGUACUACUUCCAACGUCCUGAUUAUUGGAGAGCUGCUGAAACAGGCAGAUCUCUACAUUUCUGAGGGUCUUCAUCCCCGAAUAAUUACUGAAGGUUUUGAAACUGCAAAGGAAAAGGCCCUACAGUUUUUGGAACAAGUUAAAGUAAAAUUCAUUGAAGAUAGAGUUAAAAAAAUAGUGGAACUGAAAAAGAAGGUCUGUGGUGAUUCAGAUAGAGGAUUUGUUGUUAUUAAUCAAAAGGGGAUUGAUCCCUUCUCCUUGGAUGCUCUUGCAAAAGAAGGCAUCGUAGCUCUGCGUCGGGCGAAGAGGAGAAACAUGGAGAGGCUGACUCUUGCUUGUGGUGGGGUAGCUCUCAAUUCCUUGGAUGAGCUAACUCCUGACUGUUUGGGACAUGCAGGACUGGUUUAUGAGUAUACUUUGGGAGAAGAGAAAUUCACCUUUAUUGAGAAAUGCAACAAUCCCCGCUCUGUCACAUUAUUGAUCAAAGGACCAAAUAAGCACACC